AGACCGUCGGCUCCAGUCCGUCCGCGUUGCACGGCGUGUACGCGCUACAUAUUGUGCGACAGUUAGCAGGCAUCGCGAUCAGUCGACGCUCGACGACCGAAGAGUUUAGUCGGGUAUUUUGUGGUGCCGAUCGCGCCACUCUGUGUCGUCUUCCGAAGCAAAGCGUCUUCCUGGCGUUGCAUAAGAUACAAAGGAGCGAGAUUACUCGAUCAUCCGCAUUAAUUGAAAGAUAUGUGUGUCUCGUUGAAAUGAGAUGGAGAAAGAGUACAAGUAAUAAAAUUCAGCCACGUACUUUACGCGGGAUCUUCUCAACGGAGAUCUCGUAAUCGGCGGCGUUCUGUACGCCGGCGUAACACGUGCGCAGUAUCUCGACCAAUAGCAGAAAGUUUGCAACAGUAUGCUGUGGUCGGUGUAUCGGCGCGCUGGUGGGACAAGACGGACGACGGGACGAGACGAGUCGUCUAGGCGGUGAGACGCCGAGGGAAGGGAAGAUCGGUGACAGUGGGGCGAGAAGAGAGGGUGACGACGACGGGCGGCGGCGGCGGUGGUGGUGGAAGUCAGUACGAGGCGCUCGUGACAGAGAAACCUCGUGCGGUGUGCCAGUCGCAUUGCCGAGCGUAGUCAAGUCGGAGUAGUUGGCGCCGCAGCUCUCUGUCGUGCGCAACAGUUCGUCCCGUUUGUCGACGGUGGUUGUAGGUAUUCGGUGCGCGCGAGCAAUAAAAGAAGGUGGUGCAGAAGGAACGAACACGCUCGAGUUAUACGGUGGAAGAGGAGCUCGCUCGAGGAAACGGCGAUCAAGCAGACGGGCGAUCUCGUUCGUCUCGUCGGAAAAAAAAAGCAUCGUUUCGUCGCGAGGAGCAGCAGCAACCGCGUGAGAGAAGUGGCCGCUCUCUCUGGCGCGUACGUUCGACCUCACUCGCCCUCAUCGAGUUAUACGUCCGAUCCCGUCGCAUUACGUACGUGUGCGCCGGUCUCUCCCCCACUCCCCGUCGCAUUCUCUCGAUCGCGCUCACCUCGCCGCCCCAGCGUGUCGCUCGCGCUCUCUCCAUCCCGCGGGCGCCAGCGAUUUCGAGAAUGUGACAGUGCGCGCGUCCUCGCGUUUGGUCGGUUCGAACGAGUUCUCGCGUAGGAGCAACAGUAGCAGCGGAGCGGCCGGCGAGCGACGGCGAUGGAUGUGAGGGAUCGUCGUCCCGGCGUCGUGUCACGGUGAAAGACGGAGAAACGCGGUGUGCGCGCGUACGCGGCGUGUGUGUGUGCGUGCGUGAAGAAACGUGAAGAGAUAGAAGAAGCAGAAGAGAGAGAGAAGGACGGACGAUGCGAGCGGAAAAUGUCACUCGGUGAUACGCGCGUACGGAUGACGGGGAGUGAUCGACGGAGCGACGAUCGCGAGUUUGAGGUUGUUAGAGUGUCGCCGCGGCGGCGGUGGUGGUGGAGGUGGCAGCGGUCGCCGUCGUCGUCGUUGUCACCGUCAUCGUCGCUACACGGUACCGCCGGUGCGGUGGUGCCGGUAUUGGCGACGGCACGAACGCCGGAUCGUUGGGAGCGACGUUAUCGCGUUCUUCUGCCGCGAGUAUCAUCGAGAUCGGACUAUUACCACUGCCAUUCGGCAAGAACAACGUCAUCGUCGUCGUUGCGCUUAUUGUUGUCGCCGCCGCGUCGGCAGCUGGCGAGAGUCGCGGCGAAUUCCUCCUGAAGCGGAUCAGCGGCGGCGCCGCGGGAAAGAUUUUCGCGACGCGACGUCGCCGGUGUGUGUACACCGCGCAUUGUCAUACGUGCAUACGUACAUUGUAUAUAUAAACGCGCACACGUGCCGCGUCUCUGUGUGCGCGUCUCCGUCGGUGUGCCGGGUCGCGAGGUUAAGGCACCGCGUCGCCCUCGAUACGCGACGACCGAGGAAAGUAAAGGCCGGGUGUCGUGCGUGCGCCGACCGAUUCGUUUCGUGCUCACCCCGCUCACCCCCUCGCCUUCUCCUCCUCGUCGCGCUGGCUCUUCUUUCUCACUCCACUCUCUGUCUGCCGUCUACGUGUGUAAACGGAUAAGAAGUGUGCAACGAUAUAUCCAGUAGCAGUGUGCGCGUUUGUCGGUAACCUCGACGGUGACCGUUGUCGCACCCGAGUGUGUUUUCGCGCGCGUGGUGCGUCGCAAACGUCGUCGUCGACUGGCGAAUUCGCCUGUCCGCGAUGCUAACAGUGACUCGCGCACACGGCCGUCGUGCGGAUUGCUUACUUCCGAGAGGUGUUCGUAGACGAUAAUAAUCUGGACACAAAGAGAACGGAGAAGACACUUGGUCGCGACAACUCCGAGACUGAAAUUUGGAAGAAGAGGAGCGGCCGAAACGACUAGAGGUAAAUGAGAGUUCAAGGUCAGUCACUGGUGGAGCUGGAGCCGACGAGCUCGUUUACACUGUCGAAAGACUUAUCCGAAGGUGAACCGUUCUUGCCAUCGGCGCUCCUUGCAAGUCGGAAAUAUCACCGGUUUGCUUUCGCCUAGCCGGUCGGAGAGAGAACAAACCGGAGAGGAAACAAGAGAGAGAGAGAGAGAGAGUUUGCGAAACGGAGCUUCGCCGCGCGUUGGACUGUCACACUAUUUCGGGAUCGUGAUCCAAAGUGCGCGCGAGAUACGCGUGCACGCGGGCAUAAAUAAAUAUACACGCUUGCGCGUGUGGCGCGACUGCUGUGCUGGUGUGUGUGUGUGCUUUCCGCCAUCCGUGAUUUCGCGUGUGCACGGAGAAGUGUUUUCGGUUGACAGUGCAUAUUCGGUGUUUGUCGGCAAGAGGAAGAAGAGAAAGAGAAAAAAGAAGAAGAGGAAGAAGGGAUUUUGUGGAGAGAGGAGAGUGCCGAGGGAAGGAGGUCGCGCGCGCGCCCGUCGCGACCCCGACACGAACGCGUCUCCGACCGACCACGUGCAUGGUCCGGCUCUGCCCUCUCCCUCCUUUCGUUUUUCCUACGGCGGCUACGUUGAAAAGGACUGGCCACCAAAUGCGCGUACCGCAAAUCCUGUUUCAUGUUGAUGUUCUGGAGCAAACGGACGGUGCUCACUAGACGUCUGCUAAAGGCCAAGGUCCGUGGGGAGCAUGAAACCGAGUGUGAAGCUCAAGAGGAUUCAUCGUCACGUACGUUUCAUCGCAACGCGAGCGGCGCCGGCGGCUACGAUAGCAACACGAGCAGUAAUAAUCAUAACAACGCGACGACGACGACGACGGACCGACAACAAGUGAGCAGGAGAGCGACGCGAGCGACAACGUUAUCGGGAAGCGGCGGCGCGGGGGUGGGAGGAAGUGGCGCGGUGGUUUACGGGGGACGCAGCACGACGACGUCCAGCAGGCUGCACCAGGGCUGUUGCGGUGGCGACGCGAGCCAGGAUGACGACGAGCGCGAUCCCGGCCGACUGCUGAGGUGCAAAGAGCUCCUCAAGUCGCUCAAGGAGAAUCAGCUGGAGAUGCUGCUGACCGCCGUCGAGAGCUACGGCGCCGUUCUCGGCCCGUGCGUCCUCGUGCCGCGCCAGCAGCGGCUGGCCGAGGAUCACCCGUACGAUCCGCAGCAGCAGCAAUACCUCGGCAACAACGGCAGACCGCAACGUCAUCAUCCUCGUCACUUUCAUCAGCGCCGCUAUCGUCACUAUCGUCACCACCGCUCCGGCAGGCACCACCGCUCGUCCUCCGUCGAGGACGAGCAGGAGAGCUGCUCCGCGUCGGAGGACUCGUCGUCGCCGAUGAGAUCGCCGUCGGACAGAUGCUGCGGUAAGCCGGGAAGCGUCGGCAGCGCGCCGAGCGAUCCGCAUCUACUCUGCUGUCAGAUCUGGCGGUGGCCGGAUCUCAUGCACUCCUCGGAGCUCAAGAGACUUCCUGUUUGCCAUUCCGCUAAAGAUCCCGUAUACAUAUGCUGCAACCCUUACCACUGGAGCCGGCUCUGCAAACCCGAGUCGCCGCCACCCCCAUAUUGCCUUAUCGCCGACAGACUGAGAGCUGAAGAUCUUGCGCCCAGCGAAGGGGAUCAACGUCGGUGCAAAAACAGCACGCCUCUGCCACUUCCCGGCUCGCUUACCACCAACGGAGAAGGUGAGACGGGACAAAGGGAAUGGUGUACUUUGGCGUAUUGGGAAUUGGGCGGUCGAGUCGGUCGUCUGUAUCCCGUAGAGCCGUCGACGGUUAACGUCUUUGACUCUCUUCAUGACGGCGACGGUCUCUGCCUGGCGACUUUAGCCGAGAAUCACAAUGCACCGCCUGUGGUUCAACGUACACGCAGCAAAAUCGGUCUCGGGCUGACGCUCAGCCAGGAAGCGGACGGCGUAUGGGCGUACAAUCGGUCGGACAGCCCGAUCUUCGUGCACUCGCCCACCCUCGAUGACCCGGAGUCGAGGACACUGCUGGUCUAUCGGGUGCCGCCGGGCUUCUGUCUCAAUAUUUUCGACCGCGCCAAGAUCUUGCAGCUUCCAUACAGCGGCAGCGGCGGCGGCGGCGGUGGUGGCAACCAAGCCGCCGGCUUCGUCACCUCCGGCCCCAUCGACAUCAACUCCGUCCGCAUCAGUUUCGCCAAGGGCUGGGGACCCAAGUACUCGCGGCAGGAGGUCACUUCCUGCCCGUGCUGGCUCGAGGUGCUUCUGGCGCCAUGCAGGUGAUCGUCCCCCAGGCUGGUCGGACCAAAGGGUAUUGUCAAGUCUCGUCCUCAACUUGCGUCUCUUCUUCCUCCUCGUUGUCAUCGUUGUUGUUGCUUGUGGGGAGGAUCGGUGAUAAUGAUGCAGCGACCGUGGCCUUUAGCUCCGUCCUAGCGAGAGCUGUGUUAUCAGAAAAAGAAAAAAAAAAGAAAAAAGAAAAAAAAGUAACGCGUGCCGGGAGCGACUGUCAGCCAUCUGUGCUGGGGUCGCCCCAAACAACCCCAGCAGUCUUACCAAAGUACACGCCGUAUAAGUAAUACGUCUAGAGACAACGUUGUGUUCCGUUUCGUUAGUAAAGCGAAAGAUAGAGAGGAACAAGCGGAGAUCGAUCGCGAGCGUGUUCAUCGAGCGCUUAUGAACGGAGGGACUCACACCGACGAGUGGUACUUUAAGAUCUUUAUGAAGCGUUUGAUUCACGGUUCUAUAUUUUUGUUUUCUUUAAUUCUUAAAUAGACUUCUUUUUUAUUUUAUCGCCUAGAUGUCGAUGCUACUCUCGAGAUUCGUGUGAGAAUUUUCGACGGAGGAAGCGAUGAGAGGAUUCGGUCUUCCGGUAGAUCUAGUCACUUGCGUUUAUAGUCUGCGCACGACGGCUCACGAAUUCGCGUGCGCGAAUUCUAAAUUCAGGGCGGAGAAAAUUCUUAGUUCUAUAAAGAUGCAAGCACGAAGCAAGAGUAACAUCAACGAGAGAAAGAAACAUGUAGCUGUGCCAGACUGUGCUGCACGAUUGUUUCAUCAAUAGGAUUUUUCGAGUAAUCGCUUUUAUUUCGUUAGUCAUUCGAAGAAGUUUUAAAGAACAGCGGAUAUUCAUCGGCAUUUAAUAGUGGAAAGUUCAAAAAGAGUGUUCGGCCAAUAUAUAUACAUAUGUGAAUGCGAUUAAACAUUAUGAAUUAAAUAUUAUGAAUAUUGUAACAUUAAAAAUAAUUUAUAGAAUAUCCGGCUGCUUAUAAGUAACUUUUAGUAAGUUAUCAAGAAUUACCGCGAGCUUGUUUAUAUACUCGUAUUUUGUAGAACUUAUGUUACUGACGCGAGAGAUAAAUUUGUAUUUUAAAUUAACAAAUUAAACACUUUGUAAAAGAUAAUUUUAUUUUAUGUGCAAUUAUAAUGCGCAUUUAUAAAACAAAAAUUUUGAUUGAUACUUGAUAAUUACUCAUUUACGUUUAAGUAACAUUAUUUCGUUUAAUUAAUUCUAUUAAAUCUCUAUAUGAUAGCCAACAUUUCAAUAGCAUAAGUUCUAUGGCAAAUUUUACGUCUUGGGAGAACAACAUUGAACCAAAUGACUGCGCGAUUGAUCAGAGUGCUAAAGCGAACGUGCCACGAGUCCUGGAUGUGUUAUCUCCGGUCGUCGUUCGGUGCUGUAUAUACGUAUAAGUAUAUGUACAUACACUGUGCCUUCCCAGCUUCCCUCCGUGGUGCAGCGCGUACUUUCGGGAAACAAAUGUACGCCACGUGCCAAGCUCGUUUCGCACGAAAAAUAAUGCCUCCUCCUCCGGAGCUUUGUACUACAGUAAUACGAUGUACUGUGAUAAGAGUUCGACGCAGGUCUUUUUUUCUUCCUUUUUUUACGAUUGACACGUUGCGAAGCAAGUGAGACGAGAGAGAGAGAGAGAGAGAGAGAGUGCGCGAGAGUGAGAGAGAGAGAGAGAGAAUGAGAGAGAAUAAAGCAAAAUGUUUGCGUAAAAUGAUUAACGAAGAAGAUUCUUUACAUCGGAAAUGAGAAAUGUAUCAUUAAUUCUGUGAGGUCACUUUCUGAUUAAAACAAUUUCGACGGAGAUGAAGAAAGUAGCUCUUUUUUUUUUUUUUUUUUUUUCAAGACAUUGCUAUGUAUGUCUCUGAUUUCCAAUGUGUGAGAACUCUUCUCGAGAAGAUUGUACACGAAACGCAUAUAAAUACAGGGUGUCUGAUAAUUAACACGAUUGCGCUCUACCCACUCAUGAGCGCGUCGUGAUCAGACACCCUGUAUAUGUGCGGACGUUUUUUUUACAUACUCUAUAGAUAGAAAUCGAGUUGAAAGAAGGAAAGAGCGUGUUCAAAACGAUGCGUUUAAAUACAUACGAUGUAAUAUAUACCAGUCAUACGAAUUCAUUCACACGCGUAACACGACAUACACACACACACACACAUGACACACAUACACCGUUUCCAUUUUCACGCACACACAUGUACAAUUGACUGAUCGACCCGUAGAUUUUUUCGACCAUUAGUUUACUUUCGUACUACCGCUUUUAUCGACGUAAAAGUGGCUGUUACUUUGUUACGGCGAUUGAGAGCUACGAGAACAAUAUAUUGUGAUGCGUAUACGCCGCUUGAAUGUUAUAUAUUGAUAUGUAAUGCAGAGACGUAUACAAAAAAUGUUCAUAGGUAGCUGACUGUGUAUAUACUUGUGCGAGAGGGAGAGAAAGGGGAGAUUGAGAGAAAAAGAGGAGGGAAGGAGCAAGAGUCGGGUUAGAUCAUCGGCGAAAAUAAUUGUAACGGUAAUAAGAGGAAUUUCGCCGGCGAUUUCUUCACUUUAGGCGACUCCGACUUUGCUUUUCGUAGUCCCUUUUUCACUGCCCCCAACACGACGUGGUCGAGAUCCAUCCAUCCGCCCCCUUUCACCGCUGCUCCGACCGAGCGCGCGUUGCUCGUGUACCACUUUGGAAUGCGUUGAAAACGGUAUUAUAUGCUGUCCGCGCGAUGUAAGAUGGUAUUUAAUGAUUCACGGGGCAUGUAUCUGCGAAGGAAAUGCGAUGAAAAAUAACAAAAUAAAGAGUUAUGUCGAUGUUACCGUCUCAGGCUCGAGGUACCGAUAUUUGUCACUGAUAUUUUUCUUCAUAUUGUUCCCAUCAUUUCGAUCCGGUCUGCUACAAUGGUCUCUAUAAUAUUUUGAUUUUGAUAAAAUUGCCAUAAUUUGACACAGAAAUUGUAUGCAUAUAGAUCAGGGUUAAAAAAAUAUUAAGUAGUUUUAGAAAACGCUUGAAAUUGUAAGAACAUUUUGUAACUCCGUGAGGGAAACAAUAAAGUUUACACAGGAAACGCUUUGAUGAAAAUGGGUAUAACAUGCAACGGUCAAUUUAUUAAUAGCAAAUGUAAUUCAUGUUGAUUUUUAGAUUAGUCAUUGCAUAUGUUAAGAGCCGUAUGCAUAAUAUGCAUAAUGAUUCGUGCGGAUAUUUGUACCUCUGUGCACGCUAUAUCGCGCUUAAGCAUCCAAAAGAGAGAGAGAGAGAGAGAGCGCGCGCGCGCGGCCGUCGCGCGUUAAAAACAAAAAGAGAUUUACGAAUGCGUACUAAAAUUAAUGGUAGGACCGUCCUACGACGUAAAUACGACGCUACGGGAACGACCGAGCUUCUCUCCCGCGACGUGCCCGUCGCGAUAAAUGCGAGAGUGAUUUCUCCUUCGUCUCGAGAAUUUAAAGCAAGAACUUGCAACAAGUGCGAGAAAGAAAAAAAAAUUAAUGCGAUGCAACGCCGAGAAAAACAUGAAGCUUUGUGGGAGAAAGAACAGCUCGACGUUCACACAGAAUACAGAAAGUUCAAGUUUGCAAUAACAAAUCUAAUUAAUUUAUUAGAGAAAGAGAUGAAAAAAGUAAGUGUUGCGUUUAUUUCGUGGACUUUGUUUUCUGUCUGUCUCCAGACACUGUCUCUCGCGGAAAACUUUAAAUUAAUUUUUGAAUUUCUUGACUUUUGUGUAAUAGAGAGAGCUGUCGUUGCAAUUGUAUUUUCUGUCAACCUCACUGACAUUCUUCAUACCAUUCUGCCUUUCGUCUUCUUCGGAAUGUCCGUAGAUACAGAAGCGUUAUUUGUAGAUUGUAUAUAGUACAAAAUGCAGAGGAAUCCGAGUAAAGAGUUUUCGUAAAUUUUUGCAGCGUAAUGAAAUUAUGAAAAAUACGGCUACACUUUACAUCGAUCCGAAGUUAACUUGAAAGGGAGCUCAGAAGUGAAUAAUGUAACAUAUAUCUGCGGUAAGGAUUUUUUUCAAACAAGAAGGGCUAAAUACAUCUGUUGUGUACAUUCGUAAACUGCGUGAAACGUUUCUGCAUUUCGACUGAAACAUAUAUUCACUUAAUGCAUGGAUUGUCUUCUUUCACUCUACCUCUUCGUUCUGCGUUAUUUCUCCUUUCAUCUCCUUCGCGCUUCGCUGUCUUUAUCCUUUUUUUCGUCUUUCUUAUUAUAUCUUAACGUUGUGUUUUAUUUUCUGGAUUUUCAAGACUACUUGCAGCAAAGUUUCUCAUCUGAAAAUGAUAUUCGAGCAUUCUUUUUCAUUUUCAAGAUAUAUUAGUUUUUUUUUUAAUUUGCAAGGAAUCGUGUUCGAUAAUUUUGGAUACAAAAAUAAAUCUACGUCGAGUCCGCGUUGAUGUAAUAUCGCUUUUGUUCUUUUGCUAUUUAAUAAGGGAAAUUAUGCCGGCAAAAUGACUGUCUAUUCGAAGCGCGUCAAACAAGACUGACCUUUCCGACUAAGAAUAACUUAUUCUUACGCCUGUCCGUUGCGAGAUUAAUCUCAAACGAAACGAUUGGCUAUCGUCAGUAAAAGAGCCGGCCACUUGUUACCGUUUCUCUCGGGCGACGCGACGUGCCAUUAUCCAAUAGUAGUAAUAGCGAGAGUAAUAACACUAAUAUUAAUGAACGACAAUUAGAGCCGCGUUUUCUAGCGUCUACUAACUCUUAACUGCAAUCGGCCGACCGACCACUCCACGUGUCUGUGGGCUAGGUUUAAACGAUCUUUAAACCAUAGACAUGCAAUACGAAAGUUCCUCGUUAGCGAGAUUAGAUGCCUUCGACUCGUGAAUCUCAUUUAAUUAGUUGUCAAUCAUUGCGUGUCGAGUGCGAUUAGAAUUUUUUGCGUGUGGAGAAAAAAAUGCAUAAUAAUAAAAAAGUCGGAGGAAUUUGUCAAUUUCGGAAUAUUCGAGCGAACGGAGUGAAGGGCAAAAUUGUGCGAGGGAACGAACGCGAAUGAAGGCAACUAAUUUCCCUAUAAGGACUCUACGUCUGUGAAACAUAGUGCCUUUACAUAGCCGUUCACUAUUACAUUAAAUUAGAGUUUAGAACGAGAGACUAGCGGUUAUCACGCGUAUCGGUAAAAAAAAUGCCGUUAUCGACGAGUGCUUGAAGCAUUUUGUCGGCAAUCGAUAUUAUUGCCCGUCUUCAAAAGAAUAACCCCUCCUCCUCUGCUCGUACGUGUCUUUCCUCUUUCCAAAUUUGUUGAUCAUUCUCACUUCUUCAUUUUAGAUUAACGAUGUAUAACGGAUGGACUGAAUUUUGAUAGGAAACAAAACGAAAAAGAAUUUCGACGUAUUUAGACGAAUUUUUUAUUCCUACCGUGUCCUGCGUUCUAGACAUUUUACGCCCGUUAGGAUGUAAUGAAUAAACGAAUAGUGCCUUACCACGAAAUAUUGUGCUUUUUCGAAAGUUCAAGUAGUCGGAGAGUAAUGGAACACGCUCUGAGAUAUGGGCGAUUUGAGUUUUUCUGAUCGCGGACGCGCGCCUGAAAUUGUAAUCCUGCAGAAUUGAUAAGAAAAGUUGUUCUUCACCAUCCUGUCUACUUAUCGAUAUCGACUGACUUCUGGCGCAUUAAAAGUUGAUCGUUCCGUCGGAAAUCAACAUUACGAUUUCAUCGACGAAUUUAGAAACUUGGAUUGACUUGAAAGAUAUUUAUAUUCCUUUUCUCAUUUACGUCGGAAUUAGGAAAAAUUCUCGAAGAACCAUAGAUACACGAUAAUGAUAUUUCUAAAGAAUUUCAUUUGGAGAAUAUAAUUCCAACGUAUACAAAUUUUUGUAUGUUUAAUAUAAUUUUAUAUAUGACGUUGAAUUUAUACAUAAUAUUUUUAAGAGUAUAUAUAUGAUAUACGAUCUCAUUUUAAUAAUCAAAUUAUGAAUCAUUUACGUGUAUCUUUCGUUUAUUGUAGCGGCAGUUUCCAAAUUCGUCGAUAUGGAAACGACGAUGUUCGACGAUCGCUCGCAUGAUUUCCGACUCGGAGUUUAAUUCAUGAGACGAGUAAUCGUUCAGCACGUUGUUCCGUUUUAAGAUUCACCGAUAAUGUUUAAGGAUAAAAGAGUCUUUUCGAUCCGGCACCGCGAUUCCUCAUUUUCGAAUCACGCGCAAUAAAAUAUACGCAACAAAGUAUCUAUAAAUAUAUAUGUAGUACACGUGUAAUCGGUGCAAAAGGAGUGCACAACGAAGGAUCGAAAAGAAAAAUGAAAGAAACCCUACUGUAUAUACUGUACAUAAGGUGUGUACGUGCGCGCGUGCAUACGCAUACAUUAUACAUACUAUGUAUAUAUUAUGUAUUAUGUCGGCGACACAACGUUAAUAAUAAUAACGAAUGGUAAUAACGGAUAAUAAUAAUAAUAAUAAUAAUAAAGAAGCAGAUAUUGAGUAAGUGCGAAUAGCGAAAUAACGAAAUAACGAUAUUAUUAGGUACCUCCCGAGAACUCACAAUAUUAUUUUCACUAUCAUUGUAUUUGAUUCCGAAAUGAGAAGUAAAACGUUUACUAAGCGACGAUCGUGUAUCGAAGAUCAAGGAAAUCCUCUCCACUCAUUUUUACGAGAAAAGAAACAAAUAUAUGAAAUUGCAGAUUUGUA